GGGGCGGUCUUGCGCAAGGCGCGGGGCAUUCUGGGGCUGGGCUCCCGGCAAUUCUACGCAAAGGUUCCACAAAAGCGCUUGUGAUUCCGCUCUGUUCAGCUUCUUUCUUCUUUUUGAAGGAGGCCUGGAGCAGUUCGGAGGCUGAGCUGAAGUGAGGCAGUGCAGGGAGUGCUUAGCACGCUUUAGGGCAAACAAAGCCCUCCCAGGGAGACAGUGGCUCGGGCUCAGAGGAGAGCAAAUACCCUUAGAGACCGCGAGUCCGGCCUACACCGAACAAAUGUCCAGAGUGAAAGAAGUGGCAGAUCUGCAGGCUGCAUGGAACCCAUUGGCGAGACAAGACCACAGGGAACAAGGUUUGGUCAACUAACAGCAUCCAAGGUGUGGAAAAAACGAAGAAGUUGUGGAAAGUGCCUCAGGAGAGUGUACAGCAUUACUUAGCAUCUAGAGUGGGCAACUGUCUGUGCGCCAUGGAUUAGAGAGUUUAAAAUACCACGUGAAAAGGGAGUGGUCAGUAUUCUGCCAUUCCCUUUGAGAAGGUGAUCAACUAAGUGCCAGGCAGGCACUUUUGCCGCUGAGCUAAAUCCCCAGCCCCUGAACUUCUUGAUAGAGGGCCAGAGCUGUGCCAUGGCAGAGACUGGGGAAGAGGAGAUGAUGUCAGCAGAAGCCUCAGGAUUCUCAGACAUGAGUGACUCAGAGUUCCUAGAGAUUUUGGACCUGGAAGAGGCUAAUGAGUUAGGUGCUUCACUUAGCAAGCCUGGCCCUUCUUCUGAACUUUCCAGGAAGGAUGACAAGCCUAUAAGCUUGCCAAACUGGAAAAGAAGAUUGGAUAUCUUGUCGCCUAUGGAAAGAUUUCACCUAAAAUAUUUAUAUGUCACUGACCUGUCUACUCAGAACUGGUGUGAAUUGCAAAUGGUAUAUGGGAAGGAGCUUCCUGGGUUUUUGACACCUGAGAAGGCAGAUGUUUUGGACACUGGUGCCAGCAUUCAUCUAGCUAGAGAACUAGAACUUCAUGACCUUGUGACUAUCCCCAUCACUAAUAAAGAAGAUGCUUGGGCAGUUAAAUUUCUGAAUAUACUGACAAUGAUUCCUACCCUGCAGUCAGAAGGGUGCCUUAGAGAAUUUCCAGUGUUUGGGGAAGUAGAGGGUGUGUUUCUUGUUGGUGUGAUUGAUGAGUUGCAGUAUACAGCCAAAGGAGAACUGGAACUGACUGAACUGAAGACACGGAAGCGCCCUUUGCUCCCUCUGGACGCUCAGAAAAAGAAAGACUGUUUUCAAGUAAGCCUGUAUAAGUGUAUCUUUGAUGCCAUGGUGCAAGGGAAAGUGACCCCUGCUAGCCUAAUCCACCACACGAAAUUAUGUCCCGACAAGCCACUGGGGCCUUCUGUGCAGAGGCAUGCCCAGCAGGGAGGUUUCUCUGUGAAGUCCUUGGGUGACCUCAUAGAACUGGUCUUCUUGUCUCUCACAUUGUCUGACCUCCCAGUUAUUGAUACCCUAAAAAUCGAAUAUAUUCACCAAGAGACUGCCACUGUGCUGGGUACAGAGAUUGUAGCCUUUGACGAGAAGGAGGUGAGAGGCAAGGUACAGCAUUAUACUGCCUAUUGGAUGGGCCACCGAGAGCCUCAAGGGGUUGACAUGGAAGAGGCUUGGAAGUGUCGGACAUGCAGCUAUACAGACAUCUGUGAGUGGAAGAAGGGUGGUGGAGUGCUCAGCUCCACACUGGAGCCUCAAGCCAAAAAGGCCAAAUAAACAGAAGUUACGUUUUCAGGAAUUUUUAUCUUUCCUGCUCCUAAUGUACCCGAGUUAAAAAAGGACCAGUCUCUGAACUUGGCUUUCAUGGAUAUGUUCUUAGUUUUUAUAUUCUAUGUUGUCUAAUCCAUUCAAAUCUAGGAUCCAAGGCUCAGGGAUGAAUGGGAAAGAGCAGGGGGUUAUAAUGUCCCUAGAGCUGUGACAUGGGUUAUCAAGAAGAUGAGUGCCCGUCAUGGCUGGAGCAGAGGUAUCCUGCGGCAAAUGUUUUCCUAAGAAAAUUCUUGUGAUUCUGAUAAAUCUUUUAUUUUUUUCAUAAUCAAGACUUUGUACAUUUUAUAGAAUAAAAUGAAAUGCUGUCCAGGACAGUUGAACUGA